AUGAAACCUGUCACUCUUUGUUUCCUCCUAGGCCUCGCCAGCCUCGCCACAGCUCGCACCGACCUGGAAGGCUGUGUUUCCUCAGAAGUCAUCUUCGACCACUACUACGCCAGCUACCUCUGGUACGUCCCGGACAGCGGUGAGAUCUGCUCAUUUCUUGACUGCGGUGGCGGCCGUGCGCCCCAAAGACAACCCAGCCAGGAUGUCCCCAAUACUCUGGGACUGCAACGCUUACUCCCGACUACCUGGAAGGCUGGGGGCCCAAUGGCAAACAGGCUGCUUCUACAAGCACCAUCGCGUUGA